AAACUAACGUGCUAAAAACAAACACUCGUAUAAAAAGAUUAUAGUGUGGGGUUCGCAUAGGGAUCCGGGGGAAAGAAAAAAAAGAAGUGAAUUUUGAUAUUUUCACGACAAAUUUACAUAAUGGAUGCUAACGGAGCCACCACGAUCUCCGCCGCUGGUGGUGAUUCGAAUUCAAAAUCUCCGCCAAGAAGCAUUCAAGGAAACCCAAUAUUCUAGGUUCACCCAGCAAGAGCUUCCUGCUUGCAAACCAGUUCUUACACCUGGAUUGGUCAUUGCAGCAUUUACAAUCAUCGGAAUGGUCUUCAUCCCAUUGGGACUUGUAUCACUGUCCACGUCGGAGCACGUGGUGGAAAUUGUGGAUCGCUAUGAUGACAGUUGUGUUCCCCCUAAUUAUUCCAAUGAUAAGCUUAAAUUUAUCCAAAGCGCUCAUACUGACAAGUCUUGCGUUAGGAUUUUAGCCGUCCCUAAGCUGAUGAAAAAGCCUAUUUAUAUCUAUUAUCAGCUUGAUAACUACUACCAAAACCAUCGCCGUUACGUAAAAAGUCGGAGUGAUAAACAAUUGAGGAGCAAGGCAGGUGAGAAUGACAUAAAGGCUUGUACCCCUGAAGACAAAACAAAGAACGGUCCGAUUGUUCCCUGUGGCCUCGUUGCAUGGAGUUUGUUUAAUGACACAUAUGGGUUUUCAUUGGAUAGUAAGACGAUAAAAGUAAACAAACAUGACAUAGCGUGGAAGAGUGACAAGGAUCAUAAAUUCGGAAAGGAUGUGUAUCCGAAAAAUUUCCAGAGUGGAGGGUUGAUUGGAGGUGCAAAACUCAACUCCUCCUUACCGUUAAGUAAACAAGAGGACCUGAUGGUAUGGAUGCGGACAGCGGCUCUACCGUCGUUCAGAAAACUAUACGGGAGGAUAGAGGAGGACCUCCCGGCGAACAAGAAAAUAGAGGUGGUAAUACAGAACAAUUACAACACCUACAGUUUUGGGGGAAAGAAGAAGUUGGUGCUUUCAACCACAAGCUGGAUGGGUGGGAAAAAUGAUUUCUUGGGAAUUGCAUAUAUUAUUGUUGGAGGGCUAUGCUUGUUUCUAGCAGUGUUCUUCAUACUUCUUUAUGUUGUCAAGCCAAGACCACUUGGUGAUCCAUCCUACUUGUCCUGGAACAGAAGUCCAUCUGGCUAACCAUAUUAGGAUCAUUUGAUGCAUUUCAUAUAAUCUCACUACUCUUAUGUACCUGUCUUCCAAUGACAAGGAAAUUUUAGCAUUCAUUUC